AAGCCAAGUGCUGUAUCAGAAUCAAAUUGCUGAGCCUGUCACCUGUGUUCCAGGAGCCGAACCAGAAAUGUUGUCCUCAGCAAAGCCAGACUUACCUGUCCCCCUGACUGAUCUGAAGAUUCAGUAUACUAAGAUCUUCAUAAACAAUGAAUGGCAUGAUUCAGUGAGCGGCAAGAAGUUUCCUGUACUUAAUCCUGCCACUGAGGAGAAAAUCUGUGAGGUAGAAGAAGGGGAUAAGGCAGAUGUCGACAAAGCAGUGCAGGCUGCAAGACAGGCCUUUCAGAUUGGCUCUCCGUGGCGUACUAUGGAUGCUUCAGAGAGGGGCCGCCUCCUACACAAGCUGGCUGACUUAAUUGAAAGAGAUCGUCUACUGCUGGCAACAAUGGAGUCAAUGAAUGCUGGAAAGUUAUUUUCUAAUGCGUAUCUGAUGGAUUUAGGGGGCUGCAUAAAAACGUUACACUACUGUGCAGGCUGGGCUGACAAGAUCCAGGGCCGCACCAUACCUAUCGAUGGAGACUUCUUCACUUACACAAGACAUGAACCUGUUGGAGUAUGUGGCCAAAUCAUCCCUUGGAACUUCCCGUUGGUUAUGCUGGUGUGGAAGCUCGGGCCCGCCCUCAGCUGUGGAAACACAGUGGUUGUCAAGCCGGCAGAGCAAACGCCCCUCACUGCCCUUCACGUGGCCUCCUUAAUUAAAGAGGCAGGUUUUCCUCCUGGAGUGGUGAAUAUUGUCCCUGGCUAUGGGCCCACCGCAGGGGCAGCCAUCUCUUCGCACAUGGAUGUCGACAAGGUGGCCUUCACGGGGUCCACGGAGGUCGGCAAACUAAUCAAAGAAGCUGCUGGGAAGAGCAAUCUGAAGAGGGUCACCCUGGAGCUGGGGGGGAAGAGCCCCUGCAUCGUGUUUGCUGACGCCGACCUGGACAAUGCUGUAGAACUGGCACACCAUGGCCUAUUCUACCACCAGGGCCAAUGCUGUGUAGCUGCAUCCAGGCUUUUUGUGGAAGAAUCAAUUUAUGAUGAGUUUGUUCGAAGGAGUGUUGAGCGGGCUAAGAAAUAUGUUCUUGGAAAUCCACUGACCCCAGGUGUAAACCAGGGCCCCCAGAUUGACAAGGAACAGUACAAUAAAAUCCUUGAGCUCAUUGAGAGUGGGAAGAAACAAGGGGCCAAACUGGAGUGUGGUGGAGGCCCCUGGGGGAACAAAGGCUACUUCAUCCAGCCCACGGUCUUCUCUAACGUGACAGAUGAGAUGCGCAUUGCCAAGGAGGAGAUAUUUGGACCAGUGCAACAAAUCAUGAAGUUUAAAUCUUUGGAUGAUGUGAUCAAGAGAGCGAACAAUACUACCUAUGGCUUAUCAGCAGGAGUCUUUACCAAAGACCUUGACAAAGCA